AAUUAGUUCCCUUGUCGCUCCUGUCAGGGGGGAAUGGGGCCCUUGGUUAAACCCGGUCGGUGCUUUCUGCGAUUGGAUUUGAAAACCAAGUAAAUGAGACUGGAUCUGACUGACUUUUACGACUCGAUUCUCAUGGAAAUGCCCUGGUCUUUUAUAUCCGUUUGGUAACGGUAUCUCCUCUUUUACAGCGAAUUUACAUAUUUUUUUAGUCUGCUUGAUAUAAACACAAGUUACAGCUACUUUUUUUCUUUCCAUUUUCAAACGAAAGAUUAUUUUGUAAGAUACUAGGAUUUCCUCUGAAACAGCAGCAGUGCAAACAGCAGAAAAUCGUGGAUCAGUCCAAUGGAAGAGUAGGAAUUACUUUGGUAGUCUCCCUUACCAGUGAAAUGAGGAGUUGUCUUGUAAGCGCGGACUGUUUGUGUGGUAAACACACCAGCAGACGUUUGGGGAUCCACCUCAUGGCGUGGACGUGAUCUGAGAAUGUGAGGAGAGAAGUUUGAAAGAUUCAGAAUUCUUUCCUUCGGACCCCAACCAAGACACCACUUUAGACGCCAGUCCAUCAUUCCCCUUCGUUUUGCAUCGCUAGACAUUCACGCUUUUCGUUCCAGGAUAUUCGGACAUUAUUCUGAUUCAUAAUUUGUUCGUUUUGUUUGAGUGAAGAGAAGUGCAUAGAAACAGUAACAGUCCUUUAGUGCUGGGGGAAAACAAGGACAAGAAAACAGGUAGAAACAACAGGAGGACAGAAGAAAAGUAAAAUCUUCCAGUGCCAUCCUACUACUACGUUCUUAUUCUGAUUCGUCCAACAGAAUUUUGUGAUGAGUCAGAGCACCUGGGCUUGGAGCUGAAUCCAAGCUCAGAGGAAAUGUCCGGUUCAAUAGACAGGCCCUACUAUCUGCAUCGAGUACCAGAACAGGAAUUUCAGCUCGUCCGGAUGUGACCGAGUGUCACGGAAGUCAAGACCUCGAUCCCGCGCUUUCAACACUUCCACCUCACGCACGUGUGUACUUAUCCGGCUCCUUCCAGCGUCUGGACAACGGACCUACGUCAGUUUCGUACGACACAAGAGCACGAGUGAACUCGGCGUCUCACCUUUCGCAUUCAUCAGUGUCAGAAGGAGAUAACGCUAAAAGUAGUACCAAAGAGGCUAAGGAUUCUGAUGGAUAUUGCGUCAUCAAAAGUGCCGCCAGCGCCAGCAACCUCAGAAGGUCCGCAAAGGGCCCUCGCCUCAGCACAAAUUCGAACAACGCAAACAACUCUCGGAGGGUCAAGGACUUUGUGAAUUCUCGGAACUAUUCCGUUGUCUUAACUGCCGAUACUGCUUCUCUUCUACUCCAGUCCGGCCCACCAUUAGUCAUACGUUCUGCUUCUGACGUGACCUCGAGCAAGAAGUCAGGGGCAGUUAUUCAGCGAGUGUCUGACGCUAACGUUGGACAAGAAGCUGAAGAAGAUAGUCCUGUGAGACGUUCUCGCUCAAGAGGAACAACUGUUGACCGGAAUAGCGGGAAGUCUGCUCACAGAAGCAGCUCCCACACAUCGCAUUGUGGACACGAGUCUGGACAUGGUGCCGGUCUGCUCUACCAGACUUUGGGCAAGCCUUAUCGCUCUCAUGUUCAGCUCUACAAAACGACAGGAGUAGAUUUCGAAAGGUCAAGGUCGUUCACAAAAAUAAAGUCGAAGAGACAUUCUUCAGAAGACUCACAUCUGAAAUCUAAAUCAGCGACUGUACCUUCAAAACGCACAAAUCCUGACAUUUACCACAGCAGCCCAGGGGGUUUGAGGGCAGAAUGGAAUAGAAAAUCAGCGCCGCUGAUCCAAUCGCCGUCUACAAACUCUUUCGCAAAGUCUUCCACACUUUUAAGCAGAACUCCCACAUAUGACGCUUACGACUCUCAACAAAUGGCGUCUCGCAAAACAGCGUCCAGGCCGACAGACGGUGCCGCUGUGAGAGGCCGGAAAGGGAAACCGGCAACAAAAACGCUCACCCCUUCCAAACAUGGCUUCCACCCACGCAGCCAUUCUCCUACCUUCAAACGGCUCGUGGCAGCUUCAGACCGAUUGUGCGACAUCGUUUCAGCUGCAGAGAGUUCUGAAUGCCAGUUAUCCGUCUCCGAUUUCAACGAUUACGCCUAUGAGCGCUAUUACAACAAUACCAGCAGUGAUGGCGAUAGUAUGGUAGGUCCUGGUGUUCCUCAUGAAAUAGCGCAUACUGAAAGUCACACAAGCGACUCUUCCAGAAACAAGGACAUGAUGGAUGAACGAACUGCGCACCGGAAGUACACACACAGACACCGGGAUAGUAAACGUUACUACGAACGGUCUGAAAGUCGUUCUGAGUCUGACGAUUUCGAACCGAAAGUGGCGCAUCAAGCGAGACGCCAAACACGCAUACCGCCAAACCAACGGCAUACCUCUCUAGAGAGAGGGCGGGUGGGGAAUAAUUUUGUAUCUUCAAAAGAUGAAUUGGUGAUGUCAAAAGAGGAUAAGCGUAAGCAGUAUCCGAAAGACUUGAAUCUGAUGAACGGGGCGAUCCCUCUUCAAAAUUCGACAACUGUUGUGGAAUUAGAACCUCGCGCGAAGACUAGCCAGCCUGCCCAGUUACAUUUCUUCCUUCCUCAGCUCACAGACGGCAUGAGCGAGUCGUCUGGCCCUAUAACGAGCAGAAGUCACUACUUAGAACAACGUCUGGACCUGCUCAACCGCAGAGACGGGACCUACGAUCACGGGGAGAAGCCGAACAGUAAAGUCAUUGACCCUGACAACAACAACAACCACAGAAGCAACAACAACACGAACGACGAAAAUCGACACAAACCACCGAAUCACAUGACAUCUGAAGGACAGUCCAAAUCGCAGCAGCAGCAGCAGCAGACGUGGAAACAACAAAAGGGACGAAAUCCAUCAAAAGAACGCGUCACCGCUCGGGACUUACGGAACGGUCACCUGACCUUGAACGUGGGGAGACAAUCCCCAUCCAAAGACGAGACUGUCAAAGGUGCCAGACGACAAGUGUCUCCCUUACGGAACGUGUCCAAACCAGACAAAGCUCCCGGUCGGAGAAGGGUGAGCUAUUAUUCGCGGGAGCAACCUGUGUAUAUAGAGUCGCAGAUGCCGAGUGAGGUGCUGAAAAAACAAAUAGACGACUUUCCUACCUUAGUGUCUAUGGAUUAUUCAGAACCAGAGUCGCCUUUACAAGUCAGGUGACCCACGUGAUAAUUUAUGACUUGUACUGAUUUAAUUUAUAUCAAUGUCUCCAUGUGUAUAUAAGAUAAGAUAAGAUAAGAUAUGAUUGAGAUAAGAUAAGAAUGAACUCCUACAAAAGAAAUUUCAUAAUACAUAUUGUGCGCAAACACAAACACACACACACACACACACACAC